UGUGAACAUGGUCCUCUUGACUGGAAGUUAUCGGUCUGUACUAAUUCUUCCAGAACUUUAAAGACUGUGACGAUGACAGUCUGCUCUCCCUGUGUGGUUUCAUUAUUCCUGUCAGCUGAAAGAAUCAUUUAAAGGUCAGGGAGUUUCUACAUCUGAUCCUUUCAACCAAAGCUUCCCCCGACUUUCUAAGACUUUUCUAUAGGCACGCGUCCCUGAGGGUGGGGAGAGGGGUGCGGGCCUGUUGUAGCCAUUGUACCCCAAGGAGCCAAUGAGAGAGUGAGCGUGUGCCGGGUCAGCGGUAUAAAUAGUGUCAGACUCUUGGAGGCAGCACAAACACUCUUCUUUGGACUUUCUGAUCACAUCAGCCAAACUGUAAGCUAAAGCAUCACCAUGCAGUCUCCUGGAAAAUCUCUGAAGGAAGCUCUGCUCUGUGCUCAGGGUGAAGAUCGACUCACUGUUGGAGUCUAUGAGAGCGCUAAAAUCAUGACUGAUGACCCGGACAGUGUGUCCUUCUGCGUCCUGGCCAUGGAUGAGGAGUUUGAGUGUGACAUCGCUCUGCAGAUCCACUUCACCCUCAUCCAGUCCUUCUGCUUCGACAACGACAUCAGCAUCGUCAGAGUGAGCGACAUGCAGCGUCUGGCUGAGAUUGUUGGUGACAAGGCGGAGCAGCUUGAAGAUGCCCACUGUGUCCUCAUCACGAACCCAGCUGAUGGGUCUUGGGAGGACCCUGCUCUGGAAAAGCUGCACCUGUUCUGUGAGGAGAGCCGCCGUCUGAACGACUGGGUUCCUGAGAUCAGCCUCCCCGAGCGUUGAUCUGGGCCUCGGCUCCUCUCUUGCUCAAAAGCUGUGAAGCUUCUUACCUGGAAAUACUCAUCCUGAUGAAAAGGAUGAGCCUGUUUCUGCUCAUCCCUGGACACUCCUGAGGAGGAUUCCCGUCCAG